AUGUCAUCAUCAACAACAAAACAAACAAAAACAAUCAAAGAUAUAUUCUUCUUUAUUCCCAAUUUAAUUGGCUAUUUCAGAAUAAUCACUGCCAUAUUAUCAUUCAUAUGUAUGAAAAAUCAUCCAAUAUAUACAUUAAUAUUUUAUGGUAUCUCGGGAUUCUUAGAUGCUUUUGAUGGAUAUGCUGCUAGACGGUAUAAUCAAGGUACUAGAUUCGGAGCAGUAUUAGAUAUGGUUACUGAUAGAUGUGCUACUUCUUCAUUAAUUGUGUAUUUAGCUGUAUUAUAUCCUCAAUUUACUAUUGGAUGGCAAAUAUUGGUUAGUUUAGAUUUAGCUUCUCAUUAUAUGCAUAUGUAUGCUAUGUUAUCAGUUGGAUCAAAUUCUCAUAAAAAUGUUGAUAAAACUCAAUCAAAAUUAUUAAGUUUAUAUUAUACCAAUAGAAAAGUAUUAUUUAUUGUUUGUUUGGUUAAUGAAGUAUUUUAUGUUGCUAUUUAUUUACAUUAUUAUCAAUUCUUUUGGUUAGGUACAUGUUUAGUUUGGUUAAGUGCUCCUAUUUGGUUAUUUAAACAAGUGGCUAAUGUAGUUCAAUUGAAAAGUGCAUCGAUAAUAUUAGCUAGAAUGGAUGCUGAUGAGAUCAACAAAAAGAAGUGA